CGAAACCGCGUUUCCUUCUCUCUCUCUCUCUCUCUCUCUCACUUUAUCUUUCCGUGUGUGCGUCUACUCUGUUUCUGUUUUUGUGGCCGUAUAUAUGAGUUUUUGUGUAUCCUGGGUCGGGUUUUGGUGGGUUUGUGUUUUGUAAUCCCUAGGUUACGCUCUGUGAUGCGUUGCAUUGUUUGGUAGAGGAGAAAGAUGGGUGUUGACGCAAAAAAAAAAAAUUGUGUCUGUGGGUUGUGAUUUUUAUUCAAGUGUUGGGGAUUUUGUCGAGUAAAUAUAUAUGCGACGUAUGAACAGAGAUUGAUCGGUGUACGGUGUCAUCUCUCCUGCGACAGCUUCCGAGACCGGAAAUGGACGACGUCAAUAACGAUAGAUUCAAGGGUUCGCCGUACCGCCGGCACCGGAACGAUGUGGAAUUCGGCAAUAACAUGCCCGGCGUGUCAGAGGGGGAGGCAUCUUCCAACCCUUUCGAUAUCUCCAGGACCAAAGAUGCUUCAAUCGAUCGCCUCCGCAGAUGGCGGCAAGCUGCCCUAGUCCUAAAUGCUUCUCGGAGAUUUCGGUACACCUUGGACUUGAAAAAGGAGGAGGAGAAAAAGCAAACGAUACGAAAGAUCAGAGCACAUGCUCAAGUCAUACGAGCAGCUCUCCGUUUCAAAGAAGCUGGGCAAAAGGAAAAAGUGCCAGGAAUGCCCCCGUUACCUCCGCCUUCGGCUGGUGGUGAUUAUAGUAUCUCCCAAGAUCAACUCGCUUUAAUUACUAGGGAUCAUGAUUUUCUGGCUCUGGAGCAAUUUGGAGGGGUUAAAGGCUUGGCCAAUACAUUAAAAACGAAUGUGGACAAGGGCAUACUUGGAGAUGACAGUGAUUUAUUAAAGCGGAAGAAUGCAUUUGGGUCCAACACAUACCCUCGAAAAAAAGGACGUAGUUUUUGGAACUUUGUUUGGGAUGCUUGCCAAGAUACAACCUUGAUCAUCUUGAUUGUAGCUGCAGCAGCUUCUCUGGGGCUGGGUAUAAAGACCGAGGGCAUUAAAGAAGGAUGGUAUGAUGGAGGAAGCAUUGCUCUGGCUGUUCUUAUAGUGAUAGUUGUUACAGCUAUAAGUGAUUACAAGCAAUCCCUUCAGUUCCAAAAUUUAAAUGAGGAGAAGGACAAUAUACAUUUGGAGGUCAUUAGAGGUGGUAGAAGAUUGCUGGUAUCGAUAUUUGAUAUAGUUGUUGGUGAUGUUGUGCCCCUCAAAAUUGGCGAUCAGGUCCCAGCUGAUGGGAUUCUAAUUUCUGGUUAUUCUCUUGCAAUUGAUGAAUCAAGCAUGACAGGGGAGAGCGAAAUUGUUCACAAGAGCUCAAAAGCUCCAUUUCUCAUGUCAGGGUGCAAAGUAGCUGAUGGUUAUGGAACUAUGCUGGUAACAAGUGUUGGUAUAAACACAGAGUGGGGCUUGCUAAUGGCGAGCAUUUCAGAAGAUACUGGUGAGGAAACACCAUUACAGGUAAGGUUAAAUGGGGUUGCUACUUUAAUUGGCUUUGUUGGACUCACAGUGGCAGUGGUAGUUCUGAUUGUCCUCUUGAUCAGAUACUUUACUGGACAUACCGAAGGUUCAUCUGGACAGUUCAAGGCUGGCAAGACUAAAUUUAGUACUGCCAUCGAUGAAGUCAUUAAGAUUUUCACUAUUGCUGUCACCAUUGUAGUUGUUGCAGUGCCUGAGGGCCUUCCCCUAGCUGUUACAUUAACGCUUGCCUACUCAAUGAGGAAAAUGAUGACAGACAAAGCCUUGGUCAGGAGGCUUUCUGCUUGUGAAACAAUGGGCUCGGCCACUACCAUUUGCAGUGACAAAACUGGAACUUUGACAUUGAAUCUGAUGACUGUAGUUGAGGCCCAUGUUGGUGGGAAGAAAUUUGAGCCUCCUGACAUUGGGUCCAGUUUUCCUCCGAUGGUUAGAUCUCUGCUCACUGAAGGUAUUGCCCAGAAUACUACUGGCAGUGUCUAUAUGCCAGAGUCUGGUGGAAAUGCAGAGGUUUCUGGAUCACCUACAGAGAAAGCUAUUCUUCAAUGGGGGGUCAACCUUGGAAUGAAUUUUGAUGCUAUUAGAGCAAGUUCUUCAAUCAUCCAUGUUUUUCCAUUCAAUUCUGAGAAAAAGCGAGGAGGUGUUGCACUGAAAUUGCCUGAUAAUAAAGUUCAUAUACAUUGGAAAGGUGCUGCGGAAAUGGUAUUGGCUUCCUGUACAGAAUACAUUGAUAUGGAUGAGCACUUUGUGCGAAUGGAUGAAAAUAAGUCAGCACUGUUUAAAAAAUCUAUUGAGGAUAUGGCUUCCGGGAGUUUGCGUUGUGUAGCUAUUGCGUACAGAACCUAUGAAAUGGAAAAGGUUCCUACUGAUGAGGAAGAUCUGGCUCGCUGGGAAUUACCUGAGAAUGAUCUUACAUUGCUAGCUAUUGUUGGUUUGAAGGAUCCCUGUCGGGAGGGUGUGAAGGAUGCAGUUCAAUUAUGCACAAAAGCAGGUGUUAAGGUGCGCAUGGUUACUGGUGACAAUCUCCAAACUGCAAAAGCUAUAGCAUUAGAAUGUGGGAUUUUAGGGUCAGAUGCUGAUGCUACUGAGCCAAAUCUCAUAGAAGGCAAGAGAUUCCGAGGAAUGUCAGAAGAUCAAAGAAAACAAAUUGCUGAUAAGAUAUCGGUUAUGGGAAGGUCUUCUCCUAAUGACAAGUUACUGCUUGUGCAAGCAUUGAGGAAGGAAGGACAUGUAGUUGCAGUGACUGGAGAUGGAACUAAUGAUGCUCCUGCUCUACAUGAGGCUGACAUCGGUCUUUCUAUGGGUAUCCAAGGAACAGAAGUUGCAAAAGAGAGCUCAGAUAUCAUUAUAUUAGAUGACAAUUUUGCCUCAGUCGUAAAGGUAGUCCGCUGGGGAAGGUCUGUUUAUGCAAAUAUCCAGAAAUUUAUCCAGUUUCAGCUCACAGUUAAUGUGGCAGCUCUUACAAUCAAUGUGGUUGCUGCAGUUUCAGCAGGAGAUGUCCCAUUAAAUGCAGUACAGCUGCUUUGGGUUAAUCUUAUCAUGGACACUCUUGGAGCACUUGCGUUGGCCACCGAACCACCAACGGAUCACCUCAUGCAUAGGCAUCCUGUUGGCAGAAGGGAACCUCUGAUAACAAAUAUCAUGUGGAGAAACUUAUUAAUACAGGCUCUAUAUCAAGUGACUGUUCUUUUAAUCCUCAACUUUAAAGGCAGAAGUCUCCUGGAUCUGAAGCUUGACAAUGUCGCCCAUGCUAACAAAGUGAAAAACACAUUGAUAUUUAAUGCAUUUGUCCUUUGUCAGAUUUUCAAUGAAUUUAAUGCUCGGAAGCCCGAUGAAAUUAAUGUAUUCAAAGGGGUGACUAAAAACUAUCUAUUCAUGGGGAUAGUGGGCCUAACUCUUGUGCUUCAGGUCAUUAUAAUCAUGUUCCUUGGAAAGUUCACCUCUACGGUCAAGCUCAGCUGGAAACUCUGGCUUGUCUCCUUUGCGAUUGGCUUUAUGAGUUGGCCACUUGCAAUGGUUGGGAAGUUGAUUCCUGUUCCAGAGAUGCCUUUCAGCGAAUACUUCACAAACCAACUAUCGUGUCCACCGAAAAAUAAAGAUGAUGAGGUUCAAUCAACAGAAGGCAGGAUGGUAAUGAACUAAAAAGUAGAAAAACCAGUGGUUGAUAUAGCAGGAUUGUAAUAUCUUUUACUGGGUUAUUUGACGUUCCUUCAAUCACGUAUUCGUUUCUGCUUCUUGUCUAACUAACAGGUCGAUAUAGCAAUUACUCAAGUCAAGGCCAACUUUUUUUCUUUUUCCUUUUUUUUUUUUACCAAAGAAAUAUGUACCGACUGACUUGCUAACAGUUACUAAAUGCCUGAAUAUCGGUGUCUUGGUUUGUUAAGGUGAUUAUGGUUCUGGAUUGGCGUUUGGGCAGUUAGAAUGGUGGUGAUGUUCUGUACGUAUUUGUUAUACAGAGGGUGUAUUCGACUCCUUGUAAGACGCAGCUCGUGGUAUUUUGUUUGAAUUACAUGGCAAGGGAAUUUAUACAAUGAGGAUUGUUUUUCUUACUA